AUGGCACCAGAAGAGGAUUUCUCCUUCGCCUUCGACAAAAUGGCCUUUUCUGACCGUUUACUGCGAAUAGAGAUCAUGUCUGACGUAAUUGAUGAUAGGCAACCCUUUUCACCCAUUUCAACACCCGAUACAUUCAAAGAUCCUUUCCAAAGAUCUUCAGAUGAUCAGCUCGUCAAUAAUAUUUCGUUUGAUGUCUGGUUGAAAGAAAAUGAUCCGAAUGGAAAUAGUUUUAAAACCAAGAUGGACUGCUUUUCCCCAGCCAAAGUCAUUAAUGUACAUGUCAGCUCAGCUAUUCUAGCUGUAAAAAGCCCAUAUUUCUACAAUCUUUUUUCAAAUGGUACAGUUGAAUCUAAGCAAAGAGUUAUCACUCUUCAUUUAAGUUGUGCAGAUGGAGAAGCCUUCAUGGAUCUAUUAAACUUUAUGUACUGUGGAAAACCCAAGACUGAGACAAGUGCUGCAUUGUUGGAUUUGUUGAUGGUUGCCAACAAAUUUGAGGUUGCAUCAUGUGUUCAUCACUGCAUCGAUGCCUUGAGUCCGCCAACAACAGUAGAAAACGCAUUACUUUUUCUGGACCUCCCUCCCAACAUGUGUAUGGUUGAUGGAGUUCAGCCAUUGAUAAUUGCUGCGAAAAGAUUUCUUGUCCAGAACUUUAGGAUGAUUCAAGAAUUUGAAGGAGAAAUACCUUUGCCCAUCCUUCAAGAAAUUUUGUCCAGUGAUGAAUUACAAGUUAGAUCGGAAGAUAUCCUUUAUGACUUUGUUAUGGAAUGGACUAGAAAACAUUAUCCUGAUGAUGAUGAAAGGAGAGAAGUGUUAAACAAGAAGCUUAUAUACUCGAUACGUUUCCCCUACCUGUCCAAAGAGAAGCUGAAAGAAAUCUUUUCAAGUAAAGAAAUUGAAGGUGUGGGUACAUUGAAACUAAUUUUGGAGGCACUUCUUUACAAAGAAGAAGCUCCAUAUAGAAGGAAGAACCACAGCGCACAAGAAUUUCACCAUGAGAUGUUCUGUGAAAGAUCUUACAUUAGCAAAACUAUCAGAAUUGUGAAGAUUGAUACGCCUCACAAGGAGUGCAUGGUAUUCUGGAAUAUCAAAAAAGAUGAAUUCUUAACUCUGCGGGAUAAACCAGAUUUUCUAGCAUCUCAAUUUAUCUACUUUGGGGACCAAUUAUUUCUUCUUAAAGCUUUUAGUACAAAGAAUAAGGAAGGGUUUCCCAUCUCCUUUGGACUAUGCCUUCAAAUGGCAAGCAAGGCUGAGAUUACUGUGGAAUACAUAUUUUCUUGUCGUUUAAAUCCUUCGCGUAACUUUGUCAUGAGGUCCCGUGCCACUGACAAAUUAUAUUAUAAGAAGAUGGUUGGUUCUCCAGACCUACUCGGUAUGAAUUGGUCAGAAUUCAUAUCUGACAGCAAUUCAUACUUUAUAGACAAUGUUCUCUACUUGCGUAUAUUGCUUAUUCUGAAGACAUAG